GUUAUGGACCAGAGAGACUCGGCGCCUGAGAGCUGGGAGGAGGACGAUGUGGAGGCCCAGGCCGACACCGAGCUCCAGUCUGCCUUCACCGGCCUCAACGUCAACGCUCCAGAGUUUGUACCGUCCUUUGUGCCCAGAGCGUCUCCACGCAGCACCGGGUCCCAGGGUCCAGACGCAGUUACAAACAUGGAGAUCUCAGAACCAGUAGCUGCUGUGGAGAAUGGAGAAACAGAUAAUGCCACAGCGGAGUCGUGGGAGGAGAAGGGUGAACCAGAUGAGGUGGAGGCAGGAGGCGGGGCUAUGGAGGAGAGUGGACCUGUUAGGGAAGAAGCCCAAGAUGAGAUGAUGAUGGAGGAGGAUGAGGAAAUGCCUGCCCCUAAACUGCCUCCUCCUCUCCCAGAUGCCCCAAAGAAGGAGCAUGUUAAUGUAGUGUUCAUUGGACAUGUGGAUGCUGGCAAGUCAACAAUUGGUGGACAAAUCAUGUAUUUGACUGGCAUGGUGGACAAAAGGACCCUAGAGAAAUACGAAAGGGAGGCAAAAGAAAAGAACAGGGAGACAUGGUAUCUCUCUUGGGCUUUAGACACAAACCAGGAGGAGAGAGACAAGGGGAAAACAGUAGAAGUAGGAAGAGCAUAUUUCGAAACGGAGAAAAAGCACUUUACCAUCCUGGAUGCCCCAGGCCAUAAAAGCUUUGUGCCCAACAUGAUCGGUGGAGCCUCCCAGGCUGACUUGGCAGUGCUGGUUAUUUCUGCCAGAAAGGGUGAGUUUGAGACAGGCUUUGAAAAGGGCGGUCAGACCCGUGAGCACGCUAUGCUGGCCAAAACAGCUGGUGUCAAACACCUGAUAGUCCUCAUCAACAAAAUGGAUGAUCCUACAGUAAACUGGAGCUUGGAUAGAUAUGAGGAAUGUAAAGAGAAAUUAGUGCCAUUUUUAAAGAAGGUGGGCUUUAAUCCAAAGAAAGACAUCCACUUCAUGCCCUGCUCUGGACUGACAGGAGCCAACUUAAAGGAACCUUCUGAGAUGUGUCCCUGGUACACGGGAUUACCAUUUAUUCCACAUCUGGACAGCUUGCCAAACUUUAACCGAUCAAGUGAUGGUCCCAUCAGAUUGCCCAUUGUAGAUAAGUACAGGGACAUGGGCACUGUGGUUCUUGGCAAACUGGAAUCAGGGACUAUUAGCAAAGCACAACAGCUUAUCAUGAUGCCAAACAGGCACACUGUGGAGGUGCUGAGCUUACUGUCCGAUGAUGUAGAGACAGAUGACGCAGGGCCUGGAGAGAACCUGAAGCUACGUCUCAAAGGCAUUGAAGAAGAGGAGAUCCUCCCUGGCUUCAUCUUAUGCAAUGCAGAGAACCUCUGCCACUCAGGGCGCACGUUUGAUGCCCAGAUUGUCAUUAUUGAACACAAAUCCAUUAUAUGUCCAGGUUAUAAUGCAGUCCUACACAUCCAUACCUGCAUAGAGGAAGUGCAGAUAACAGCCUUAAUCUGUCUGGUGGACAAGAAGACAGGAGAGAAGAGCAAGACGCGUCCCCGCUUUGUCAAACAAGACCAAGUGUGCAUUGCCCGUCUCAGAACGGCAGGAACGAUCUGCUUAGAAACGUUCAAAGACUUCCCACAGAUGGGCCGUUUCACUUUGAGGGACGAGGGUAAAACGAUUGCUAUUGGCAAGGUGUUGAAGUUGGUGCCAGAGAAGGACUGAUUCCACACCGAAGGACUGAUCUGCUGCACUGUGGAUUAGGAGGAAGGAUGCAGCGACCUACCAACCGGAUUCCUCCAAUCUGCUCCAUUCUCUUAUUGUGGAUAAAACUAAGAGAAACAUUUGACAAAGGACAAUAUCAAAAUGACAGUAUGUUUUAAGAAGAACAAUAUAAUAGAAAAAAAGCUCAGUGUGACGGCUUUCUCAUAUUGAGAGCUCAGCUAUGCCACUCAUGUAGCCCAAUUUUAAAGCCAGCCCAUUUCCACAGGCCCAUAUUCAAUGACAAAAUGGAUGCAAUCUUCUUAUAGACUAUUGGCUUUUUAACUGCCCUCUUGUUUGAAGGAUUAAGCCAUUCCUUUGUUAACUGUCCUUAAGCAAUCUGAAACUGACAGCACACAUAGAUGUUCACCAGGGUCAAGCUUAUAUGGACAAGCAUAGAUGUGUAAUUGGUUCAGUUUAUCAGAAGGUGAUCUUAUUUCUGAAUUCUAACCCCACCAGCACUGCACUGAAAUGGGGUCCAUGUAUGUAAUCAGUCUGUAUCGCUGCCUUCUUUUCAGAUCCUGUGUUUGUACAGUUUCAGACUGCUUGAGGACAUGAGCACAGGAACAGCAUGGAGCCUUCCAAAGUUAUGUUAACGCUUUGGUCAUGUCUGAUUUCUCUUUGCAUAUCUGAUAUCUUUCUGGUCUUCUCCUAGAUCAGAUCUUUAGUUCAGUCUUUUUGAAAUCAGUACAGUUGCGAUAUGGACUAUGCGCAUGCAUUUUAGUAAGCUAGCAUUUUUUAAAUAAAUGCACAGUUUCAUUCAAAUAUUAAUGAUCAUUGUAGCCCGCUGUAAACAAAACUAAACCGGAUCAGGCUUAUGCACACAAUUACUAGUCAUUGCUUAUCCUAAAGGAAAAAAAAAAUUGUAUUCGAAUAAAAUAAAAAAAAAAAAAAAAAGAACUGUGGUGUUACAGUUUCUCACACUACUCAGCAUCUGAUCCAGUUUUACGUACUUCUGUGGCGAUGUCAGCAUUAACUAUCCAAAAAAUAAAAUCAUCAGUUGAUCAUUUCA